AUGUUCAGAUUCAGCGAGUACAUAACUCGCGGAGAAAGACGUUCUUCUAUGGUCUCAGUCCAGGAUUUCUUCAAAAUCACUUCCACCGGAAUGGCAGUCGCAAAAUCAUCUUCAAGUGUUAACUUCCGCUUUGUGAGACGCAUGGCUUCACUCGCUGGUAUGAAGUGGCAGGAUGAUAUUGAGGGAUAUUGCGAUACUCUGAUUGGUGGAAUAGGUCAUAGGAAUGUGAUGACGGGGUUUGGGGCGCAAUGUUUAUUGGUGGAGAGGUAUCCAGGCAAGGGUUUUACCCGGCUUCACGACGACGUUGUGAUCUUCUCUCCGGGAAAGGGUUGCUGGUCGGAUCCGCUGUCAAGAAAGGGGCAUAUUCUAUUGGUCCCGAUACAACAGAAGGUGAAUUGA